UGUGGGUUUUAAACAAACCGUUUCUUUCUAUUCAUCAGUAUCGUAUCUGACAGUUAAAACUAAAUAUCACGUGUUUUUCAGAACCUAAAAAAAAUAUGGGCUCACCUGUGAAGAAAGUAGAGCAUUGAAGAGGGAACUUUCCUAUUUUGGGAACAGAAAUAUACAGUCAAACCAUUUUGGGUUGAGGCUUUGAGAACUUGUUGGUUGACUAGAGGAUGGAUGUCACUUAAUAAAUCAGAAAGUGCAUCAAGUCGGUUAGUAGUUCGGAAGAUGGAUCUCUCAAUGGGGGGAUACCAAUACCUGAAAUACCGUGCUGAGGGAAACCAAAACCCUGAGAACUGAAAGAACGCGGAAGUGACUUUGUCCUGGGGGAGGGGCGUGUUCACGCUCUGUUCACGGCUCCGGUUCAUGCGCGGAAAUGCGAGCGCUGUUGCGAACUUUACGCGAAAUUCGACACAACGUACCUACAAUGGCCAAAGAAGUGGGUUCGGAUCUCUCCGUCCCGGUCCCAUGGGGACACAUCAGAGGGAAAGUCUGGGGUCCUGAACACGGCCGCCCCGUGCUGUGCCUGCACGGCUGGGCUGACAACUGUGGCACAUUCAACACCCUCAUUCCCCUUCUACCCAAAGAGUGCAGAUACGUGGCGCUGGAUCUGUCGGGUCACGGCCUAUCAUCGCAUCUUCCUCCCGGAGAGUCUUACUCCUGUCCUGCAUACGUGGCGGACGUAUGGCGAGUUGCAGACGCUCUGCAGCUGAGGACAUUCUCCAUCGUCGGCCACAGUAUGGGUGCUGACAUCGCUGCAGUGUUCAGUGCUCUGUACCCUGAGAUGGUGGACGCCCUCGUGCUUCUGGACUCCUACGGAUUCCUACCUACAGAUUCAAAAGAACUUUCCAAAGUGAUGAGGCAGGGGAUGGACGAGAUGCUCCAGUUUGAGAAAAAGACCAACGACGAGAAAAGAGUCUACACCCAUGAGAAGGCAGUCGAGAGGCUGUCGGCUGCAAACCCGACGAUGACUGAGCAUUCGGUGCGCGUCCUUUUAGAGCGAGGUCUAGUUCAAGUGGAAGGAGGAUUCACGUUCUCCAGAGACCUGCGAAUUAAUUUUAAAAACCCAUGGCGCAUGAGUUUGGAGCAGAGUCUGGAGAUGCAGUCGAGGGUUCGGGCCUCUGUUCUGCUUGUUCUAACCGAUAAAGGCUUCAAUAGAACAUUGUUCGAACCAUUUCAAAGGAAGUUUACCUCAACGCUCCUCCGGGGCUUACAGGACCGAAACCACACGGUGGUGACGGUACCAGGUGAUCACCACGUUCAUCUGAACGAGCCUGAAGUCGUCGCUCCCAUCGUGUCUGACUUCCUGCGGAACAGAGCGCGGUCCCAGUCAAACCACGGACAGCACAAGUUAUGAGACACCAACAUACUGGCACCGUGCAGUUCUAUUGUACCGAUGUCUUAUUCUUCUUCGGGCCUUCACUGUGAGCCAACGGGCUCGCAGCUUUGUCCUCUUUAAUGUGUUUGUCCCACUCGUUGCGGAAUCAGAGUUUAUGUUUGUGGCAGCGGGGUGUGGCUAGGCUCAGCUGCAGAGUGGGUGGAGCGGGGGUGUGGUUCAGGGAACAGUGUCAUGAUGUGUAAAUGAGC